UUACCAUUUGGAAUAUUUCUUGAAUACAAGUAACGACGAUGUGCGAUGUGAUUAUGUGUUGCAACAAUAAAAUAAAAAUGUUCUCUCUGAAUCAAAUUGCACAUGGCGGCCAUAAAACACCAUGGAAGAAGCUCUCCGUAGGAAAUAGACCCAAAACAGAUAUCAAGUCAUCGGAGCAUCGUAAGAAUUCGAGGAAAAAAUCACGCCAAGCGUGCGGGAGCUUCUGCAGGGAGUUGCCUCGAAAGAGCGCUGCCGUGUUCAUUGGCAUUCCGCUCCGGAACCGGAACAAACCCACCAUUACAGUGUUACAGUUUCCAGUUUGCUGAUUAUUAUAAGUAUCAAGCGGGUGAAAUCUCCACCGCAUCGAAAUGACCACCACUCGGGAGGACGUACUCCUGCAGAUGGGCGAAGUUCGUUACAAGAAGGGCGACGGUACGCUCUACGUGAUGAACGAACGCAUCGCCUGGAUGGCGGAGCACCGUGACACGGUGGCCGUGUCCCAUCGAUUCCAGGAUAUCAAAAUGCAAAAAAUCUCCCCGGAGGGAAAACCGAAAAUUCAACUGCAAGUGGUUCUGCACGACGGAAACAGUUCGACGUUCCACUUCGUGAAUCGGAUGGGUCCCUCUACGCAGAUGGCCGAUCGAGACAAGGUGAAGGAACUGCUGCAGCAGCUGUUGCCCAACUUCAAGCGUAAGAUCGACAAAGAGCUGGAGGAAAAGAACCGGCUCCUGACGGAGAAUCCGCAACUGCUUCAGCUCUACAAGGAUCUGGUCAUUACGCAGGUGAUGCCCAGUGAGGAGUUCUGGGCGUCUCAUGCGAAGCAGUACUUGACCAAGGAACAGAGUGGCAAACAGGAUAUCGGGGUUUCGGGAGCAUUCCUGGCGGAUAUUAAACCACAGACGGACGGCUGCAACGGGCUGAGAUAUAAUCUCACCUCGGACAUAAUUGAAUGCAUCUUUAAAACGUACCCGGCUGUCAAACGGAAACACACCGAGUACGUGCCGGCAAAGUUAACGGAAUCGGAGUUUUGGACUAAAUUUUUCCAAUCGCAUUACUUCCACCGGGAUCGUAUCGCAGCCGGUACCAAAGACAUCUUCACCGAGUGCGGCAAGAUUGACGAUCAGCAGUUGAAGCUGGCGGUACAGGAGAAUCUCGGCGAUCCUCUGUUGGACAUUCGGUCUUUCGAGGACAACACCCUGGAGGAGGGUUUUUGCAGUAGUGCCGCCUCCAGCAGCAAGCAGACUGUGAAUAGUGGCAACAUUGUCCACCAGAGCAUGAUCAAACGGUUCAAUCAGCAUUCUUUCAUGGUGUUGAAAACGUGUACUGACGUGAAGACGCUCAACCGAGGUAUCGGAUCGAUCCUGAACGCUACCCCCGGAGUGAAUCCACCGGUCAAUGGGGAAAUCAAUGGCCUUAAAGAAAAAUCCAAAGGAGCCUUGAAUAACAAUAACAAUUUGGUCAAUGGAUUCAGCAAGAAGGAUAAAAGAGCACACGAGAACAAUCACAUUACCAACGGUGACACCAACGGGACCUAUCAUGGCCCAGAAGAACCUUUUGUAGAACCAACAAUUAAACGUGCCCGCAUUUUGGAGAAAAUUCACUACGACGAUUUAGAGGACGACAUCGAUCCCAGCAAACAACCCAAACAAUUGAGCCUUACAAAAAUCGAACGCUAUCUACACGGACCGGUUCCGUCGACGGCAGCGGUCGCCGCGUCUAGCAGUAGUGGUGGUUUUCAUGAUACUCAAUCGGAACACGGUCUGCACGAUCUGGAUUCGGUCAAUGCGUACAUUCUGCAGUCGACCGGAUCGUGGAACAACCGGACGCCGCACAAGGUGCUCGUUAGCGCCAAAUCAGCUGUGAAUGCCCUUGGGGAACUCAGCCCCGGCGGGGCACUGAUGAGGGGCUUCCAGGAGCAGAGCUUAGCUCAACUAGUGCCUCCCGACAUCGAGAAGGAGAUCCGCAACCUCUACUUGGCACUGCUGGAACUGUUGAAGCACUUUUGGAAGUGCUUUCCGCCAACGACGCCGCAGCUGGAGGCGCAAGCCGUUCGAAUGCACGAAACGCUGCAGCGUUUUUCGAUGGCCAAACUAAAGCCGUUUGAGGACCGUGCCAUGAGGGAACUGUUGCCAUUGGGCGCGUCACUGACGCAGCAUUUAAAUCAGCUCCUACAGUCGGCGAAUCGGAAGUUUGCCACGUGGCAGGACCGGCAGCGCCGUUCGUACAGGUAGCACCGUUACUCGUCGGCCUGUCCGUCCCCGGGAUCGUCGUCGGCAUCCUCAUCUCCGGCACACCAUCAGACAUCGUCAUCGUUGUCGAAUCAUUACUACUCCUACCAUAAUAGCAAUGCCCAUCAGUUUCUCCACGGCUCGACGAGGCGCCAACAUAAUCACUACCAAUAGCGGGGGGAAAUGGACCAUUGACAGAUCCUUCAUGUUCGAGUUGAGAUUUGCUUCCAACAACCACCAGUAUAUCCGCUCUGACGUGUCAUUAUGAUUCCAUUGCUGGCGGCCGGAGUGCGCGGGAACGAGAUAGAGCUCUGAUUUUAGAUUUAGAAUUUCCCAGGUAUUCAGCGAACGCUACUCAAUUCUGUUAAACAGUGGAAAACAAAAGGGAACCAACAUUGGGCGAUUGAACAGAACAUUCUCGGAAAAGUUGUACUGAAAGUUGAUGAUCAAAUCAUUAAUCAAACAGUGUGAAAAAAAUGUUAGGAAUGGAAAUGUAGAUUAGAAGAAGAAGCAAAAGCAGAUGAAGAACAGUGAACAGUUAAUAAGUGAUAUUCGAAAGAUGAGAAAACAAUUGCUGUAGGGAAAAAUUGAUCAAUUCUGGAAGGAUUGAAUCUUUGGUACUGGUGUUUUGUUUUCCAUAAAUAAAUCUCUAAGUUCGUUUUUAGUUUAUCUGUCGUCAUGCACAUUGUUUCCUACUACGUAUUUGCUCUUAUAGUGAGAAGCUAUCAAAUGAAAAUUGAUUACAUCGUAUAUAUAUAAAUGAAA